UCCACAGCUGGCUCUAUGAAACAUAAAGCAGAAAGAAACUCAAAAGUCAAAAUUACUUCAGUAACAGACCACAAGGCUUCCCUGCUUGCAUUGGACAAGAGGAUCCCCAUUCUACGAUGAAAAGCCUUCCAUUUUUUCUAUUGUGUGUUGGAGUUUCCUAUGGACUCCCUGUCUUUUCACAGGAAAGAAGUUAUGAUCAAGAUAUACAGCUUGCACAGAAAUAUCUAAAUCAGUUUUAUGAGCAAGAACAUGGACCAGGCCAGCGAGGCUGGAAAAGCAACAAUUACUCCUUUGUGAACAAAAUUCAACAAAUGCAAAGAUUUUUUAAGCUGAAUGUCACUGGAAAAGUAGAUGCUGACACACUGAAAGUUAUACAGCAACCAAGAUGUGGAGUUCCUGAUGUUGGGCAGUUUGUCUUGGCUUCUCCUGGAUGGAAGAAAACCAAGCUUACAUAUAGGAUCGUGAAUUACACGCCUGACAUGAGACAAUAUGACGUGGACACAUCCAUCCAAAAGGCAUUUGAAGUUUGGAGUACAGUGACUCCUCUGACUUUCAAAAGGGUUCAUAGGGGGAGAGCAGACAUCAUGAUUGAGUUUGCAACUAGAGUGCAUGGCCGCUGUCCUCGACAUUUUGAUGGGCCUCUGGGAGUUCUUGGACAUGCCUUCCCCCCCAACCAUCCCUUACGUGGCAAUGUCCACUUGGAUGAGGAUGAAAAGUGGACUGCCAGCUUAGCCGCUCAAAGAAGGACUGUGAAUUACCAUGGCAUGCUAGCAGAAGAUAUCAUCAAUCCCACUGUAAAAAAGGUCCCAGAACCUCACUCUCCCAUGUUCCCUAUCCAUUACACCACAAUAGAGUUCAAUUUAUGGCUGGUUGCUGCUCAUGAGAUUGGCCAUGCACUUGGCCUUGCACAUUCUGAUGACCCAAGAGCACUGAUGUUCCCAAAUUAUAAACCCAUUGACCCUGAGGAUUUUCCACUCUCCGAAGAUGAUAUUAAUGGCAUUCAGGCCAUCUAUGGACCAUCACUAAAUCCACCAAAGAAGCCUAUGAAACCAACACUACCAAAAGCCUGUGAUCCUAAGAUAUCAUUUGAUGCUAUCACUACACUGCGAAGAGAAAUCCUCUUUUUGAAGGGCAGGCACUUCUGGAGAGUGUACCCUACUCACUCAGAAGUUGAUCUUGAAUUAAUUUCGACCUUUUGGUCUUUUCUACCAUCCAACAUCCAAGCAGCUUAUGAAAAUAUGAAUGAUCAAGUUUUCUUUUUCAAAGAUAAUCAUUUCUGGAUGAUUAGUGGCUUUGAGAUGCAUCCCGGUUACCCCAAAACAAUUGACCAUUUUGGCUUCCCACAAAAUAUUAAGAAAAUUGAUGCAGCUGUUUUUGACAAAAAUAGUGGAAAAACCUAUUUCUUUGUUGGUACCAAAUACUGGAGGUAUGAUGAAAAUAAUCAAUCCAUGGAUGUGGGGUACCCACGAAAAAUAAAUGAUGAUUUUCCUGCAAUUAGCCAGCAGGUAGAUGCAGUUUUUCAGCACAAUGGAUUAUUCUAUUUUUUCCAUGGCUCCAAGCAGUGGGAAUUUGAUCCAAAUGAGAAAAGAGUGAUUCGUGCAAUGGGAAGCAACAGCUGGUUUAACUGUUAGAAUUUAUACAAACACAAAUACCUCUUAAAAACCCUCUUUUAAAAAAGGGAAAUUAUUUAAGUAUAUUUCUGUCAAGACACCAAUAGCAAAACAAUCCAAUGCCCUGUAGCUGUCAGCCAAAAUGCAUUUAAGUUGUCUGUAUUUAAUCAAUACUUUGUGUAUUGAUCAGUUAACAAAACUGAUAUUUUCCUGGCCAUUAAAAAAAAAUUGGUACCAGAUGUAGAAAUGACAUUAAAAGAAUAGGGAUGCGUUCCUAACCCCCAAAAAGAAGAGCAGUUCAACAUGUUUAGCAAAUUCUUUAUUCAAAUCUAGCAAUAUGCACAGGUGAGAUGAAACACCCAGGUCAGGUAAGCUUUGACAUAAAUAAAAAGAAACAUUUUGAAGCUUACAGAGACCCCUUAAAGCUUCUUCCAAAAUACAUAAUUUACUAGCCUCCACUUUCUAUAUGAUUUCAUUUUAGUGGCCAGACCUGUAGACCAAUGCUUCAUUCACAUGUUGGAAGUAGAUGGUGAGACAGGCUUAUCGGUUUCCUGUUUUAUUGCUCACAUGCUCAAUAAGGGAUUCUGGAAGCAGCUGAUGUCUGCCUUGCCUGUUGCAGGCAGUCACAUACAGCUACAAAAGAAUCAGCUAGAGUACAAUCCCACUUUUUCCCAGGUCAGUCUUUGUUUAUUGCAUUGUUUACUGCAGACACACUGGUGCAACCUGACACCUGAAGUCUGUAUUUCUGCAGCCCUCCUUCCCCCAGUGUUGAUUCUGCUUUUGCAAAGGCCAGCUAAACAAAGGAUGAGAAGGGAAGAAAAGACUUUAUAAAAAGGAGGCUCUUAUUAGAGACUCUGUUAACUGAGGUAUUCCGGUACGUACUCAACAAAAAAAAGUGCCAAGAUUUUCAGUAUCUUUUUUAUAACAGUAUUAACACAUUUUCUUCAGAUGUGGAAUGCAAAUCUGUAUAUGGCUACUUGGGCGCAAGCCCCAUUGAAUUCAAUGUGCCUGACUUCCAUGUGUGGGGUUGCAGUUCUAAUGCUUUAAGUUAUGAAUGAGUAUGCAGUAAAGUA